AUGUCUACCUCGCAGCCUAUCGCUAUCCUGUCGGUCUAUGACAAGACGGGUCUGCUCGACCUCGCCAAGGGUCUCCACGCCCUCGGUGUUCGUCUGCUCGGUUCGGGAGGUACCGCUAAGCUCGUCCGCGAAGCUGGUCUGCCCAUCGGAGAUGUUUCCGACAUCACAAAGGCUCCCGAGAUGCUCGGAGGCCGUGUCAAGACGCUUCACCCUGCCGUGCACGGUGGUAUUCUUGCCCAGACCGGCAAGUCUUCCGACGUCGAGGACCUCAAGGCACAGAGCAUCGAGCCCAUCGACGUAGUCGUCUGCAACCUGUACCCUUUCGAAGAGACCAUUGCUAAGGAGCCCAAGCCUAGCAUCGCUCAGGCUACCGAGGAGGUCGACAUCGGUGGCGUCACUCUCCUCCGUGCCGCUGCCAAGAACCACGAGCGCGUUUGGGUGCUCUCGGAUCCCAAAGACUACAACAAGUUCCUCGACAACUACGCAUCGAAGGAUGCCGAGGCUGCCAAGGCCAACCGCAACGUGCUGGCCGUCAAGGCAUUCUCUCAGACCGCCCACUAUGACGAGGCCAUCAGCAACUACUACCGCCAGCAGUACGCAAGUCUAGCAUCCAAGUCGACCGAUGUUGUUCAACAACUCCCCCUCCGAUACGGCGCCAACCCUCACCAAAAGCCAGCGCAGGCCUUCGUCACUGCCGGCCAGAUGCCCGUCAAGGCUCUCUGCGGGUCGCCAGGCUACAUCAACUUCCUCGACUCGCUCAAUGCAUGGGCCCUCGUGCGUGAGCUCGCCGAGGCUACCGGCCUGCCCGCUGCUGCCAGCUUCAAGCACGUCUCGCCCGCAGGUGCCGCCGUCGGCGUCCCUCUCUCGGACGUGGAGGCCAAGGCUUUCUUCGUCGACGACCUCGGCAAACUCUCGGGUCUUGCCACUGCAUACGCUCGUGCUCGUGGUGCCGACCGCAUGUCAUCCUUCGGUGAUUUCAUCGGUCUUUCGCACCCCGUCGAUGUUCAGACCGCCAAGAUCAUUUCGCGCGAGGUCAGCGAUGGUGUCAUCGCACCCUCAUACGAGCCUGAGGCGCUUGAAAUUCUGUCCAAGAAGAAGGGUGGCAAGUACUGCGUUCUUGAGAUCGACCCCCAGUUCCAGCCUUCGGACAUCGAGACCCGCACUGUUUACGGCGUCGAGCUGCAACAGCGCCGCAACGAUGUCAAGAUCACCAAGGACCUCUUCACCAACAUCGUCUCCGAGAACAAGACCGUUCCCGAGGGCACACAGCUCGACUUGAUGGUCGCCACAUUGGCGCUCAAGUACACACAAAGCAACUCGGUCUGCUAUGCUAAGAACGGCAUGGUCAUCGGUCUCGGAGCGGGUCAGCAGUCACGCAUCCACUGCACCAGAUUGGCAGGUAGCAAGACCGACAACUUCUGGUUGCGUCAACACCCUCGUGUGCUCAGCUUGCCGUUCAAGAAGGGCACCAAGCGUCCUGAGAAGUCCAACGCCAUUGAUCUCUUUGUCGAGGGUACCGAAAAUCUUUCUGAUGAGGAGAAGGCGGAGUGGGAGGCCAUCUUCGACGAGGUCCCCACCGCACUCAGCGCAGAGGAGCGCAAGGAGCACGCCGAAAAGCUCAAUGGCGUCGUCUGCGCAAGUGAUGCCUUCUUCCCCUUCCCUGACAACGUCCACAGGGCCAAGAGGAGUGGCACCAGCUACAUUGUCGCGCCUGGCGGAUCCGUCAUGGACGACGCCUGCGUCGCUACCGCCAACAAAUACGGCAUCGUUGUCGUCAGGACCAACCUACGUCUGUUCCACCACUAG